AUGGACGACUUCCCACUGGUACCUACAAACGAUGAACGAAAAUUCUAUUACCAUGGAUUUCCCUCGCGACCAGAGCUCGUAGCGAGGUCGAGCACACACACAUGGAGCCGUCGCAUGCAGGGAUGGCUACCAGUCGAGAAGACUGUAGGAGCCGUGGGAGAGCAUUCAAUUGUACCAAAGUGGAAUGACGAGACGGGCCCCGACUCGCUCCGGCAGCAAGUGAUCAACAUACUACACUCAGAACAGGCCGACUGGCAUACUAUCGACAUCCUUCGUAUUGGCUAUGUGGACAAAGACGUAUUUCCCGUCAUUCUAUGCAUCGCUGUAGGCCAAGGCAGUUCUACAUGGGAGCAAGGCAUUAGCCUGGCCAUGCAAUGCAGGACAGUACUCGAGCAGCACGGGUUACACGACGUACAUUGCGAAGUUCGACGCAGUCACGUUUUCAACCUCACAAGAAGAAAAUUUCCUUGCGUCAUACACCAGGACAACUUCGCCAGCGGUACUUUACUUCAUCCACUUUCUGAUCAGCUAGGAACGAGUAUAGCCGCCAGUGACUGGCCAACCAGAGAAGGAACAAAAGGGCUCUACCUUCGACGUAAACCCUGUUCCGCCGCUCUUGCGACCACCGAUGCCGAUGCUGAGGAAGAAGUCUACGUCUUGACAUGCCGGCAUGUAUGCUUUGAUGAAAGCGAGCGGGAGGAGUGGCUACCAGGGAGCAUAGCAGCACCAGAAAAGAAGGUCGUCCAACCAGGAGAAACGACGUUCACCAUGAAGGCCAAAGAAAUCGAGGCCGUCAAGAACAGCUUACAAAGCGAAGGAACAAAUGCUAACGAGUGGGGAUCAACGGUUUUCUGGGACGAUUCCAGGAAGCAGAAAGAGCUCGACAGGGAAAACAAAAUGUUACGUGACAGUACUCAAGCAUUUGAGCUCUUUAAGAAGCGUCAAGAGCUCGAAUCGCGUAUCAUCGGGUCCAUUCCGUAUACACGAGCGUACAAGAUCCGAGGUAAUCAGGAGCUUAGCGACUGGUGCCUUAUACGCCUCGAUCCGGAGGCCCACGAAAACAUCAGCGCCCUCGCUAACCGUGUAUUAAUUGACGGAGAAGACUUGUACGACCGAUUCCGGUUGAAAAACUCGGCAACAAAGAUCGCAAUGCUGGACGAUGAUCACGCACUACGGCUCAGAGGAAUGGCGACGCUAGCAGAGCUCACCCAAACACUUGAUUCCCGUCACGCCACUCUCAAUUCGUUUAGUCGCCAGGAUUCGAAGACAUUCUUUGUCGGAAAGAGAGGCCGCUCAUCCGGGCUUACCUUUGGGGAGGUUAACCAAGUCAAAUCGGUAAGGCGGAAGGUUUGUGAUGGCACGCCUACACUCAUUGCAACAGAACUCUGUAUACUUGCAGAUGCAAGGAAGGUGGACGCAUCUUUCAGCCGAUGCGGCGACUCAGGCGCUUGUGUAUUUGAUAUUGCAGGACGGGUCGUCGGGACCGUAACUUCGGGCGUAGGCCGCGAUACGAUUCUUAUUGGAGAGGACGAUUUUGAUCUAGACCGGGCAGUAGAUAUUACUUAUGUUACACCUCUUGAGUGGUCGCUACAGGACAUGGAAUCGUGUGGCUUAAUGAUGGACAUUUUGUAA